UGACCACGGGGGUGACUCUUGAGGUGAGGAACGGCACUCUCAGGUGCUGGCCCGUACUACCUGAGACUAGGUUACGGGCGCGCUGCUUCACGGAAUCAGGAGUACCUCCCAAGAAUCAUCUCUGACGGGGAAAAUACCUGCUCCAGUACGUUCUUCAUCCUCAAUUCUUCGCCCGAUCGAAAGCUUUGUGUCGCCAGCGCCGUUGUGUUGUUCUCGUGCUGCCAGCAGCAGCGUCAGUAAGACAGAGACCCGCCACGACUGCCUGGCGGGCGGCGUCUUGAUGAAGCUGCCCUCAUCACGGCAGCCUGCAUGUUGAGUGCGAGUUGUAUCCGUGCGCCACGAUUUGUAUGUUGUGCGGGCGCACAAAGAGCGCUUUCGAACCCGCGUAUGGUUGCUUAAGCUUGCCGACAGGGUGUGUCGUGCGUGCAUGCGUGCGAAAAAUCAUCCAAUGUGGAAGCGUUGUCUCUGUACAUCUCAAUUCUACGUCCAUUUCUGUUGGAUAUACCUUCCACACUCACACACACAUACACACCUAUACCGUGCCGCAUACUCCCAAUCCAGGCCUUAAAACUUCAAUCACCCUCUGGCUCUGCACAAUGACACAUUGCUUCAAGAGUCACAACCCGAGGGUGAUGUCAUCGGACAUUAUGAUACAUAGAUACGGGAGGCUUAGGUCCAGGCACAGGGUUCCGUUAUUUGUCGCUAUGGUGAGUCGGACGGUAUCCGAUAGAAAUACAGCGUUGAUACAUGGUGCAAAAAGGCCGAUAUGUAUCUUGUAUGAUCCCGGAAAGCAAACUUUCAAGCAUGUACCUCGCUCUCUACAGUCGCUCAGUAGUUAUUGGAAACUAUCGGCCUUUCUGUAGUGUGAGUGAAGAGCUAUCUCAGGCUAAAUAUACAAAACGGCGAGAUGGGAUUGUCGUUUGGGAAAGAGAGACAACCUCGACGCGGAUCCUUGCUACACUGAAGCCAAUAUCGCACCAUAC